AGACAUGGGGAGCACCGAAGAAAUCUUGGAGGAGCUACUCAACGUAGAGGUGGAGCUUCAAGAUGUCGAAGACCAAAUAAAGAUAUUGCUUGAUAGACAAGAAAAACUGUAUGAGAGACAAUCUGAACUGAAGGCCUUGUUUGAAGAUUGUAAUGCAUCAGGAAGCACUGGUAAUGAUGGCACUUCUGUUACUGCAGAGAAUUGGUCUGGGCCAUUUGAAUGGGAUUCUCAAGCCGACGAUGUUAGGUUCAAUGUGUUUGGCAUAUCCACUUAUCGUGCAAACCAGCGAGAGAUUAUAAAUGCAAUCAUGAGUGGAAGAGAUGUUUUAGUGAUCAUGGCCGCGGGUGGUGGCAAGAGUCUCUGCUAUCAGCUUCCAGCUAUUCUUCGUGAUGGAGUCGCUCUUGUUGUCAGUCCUUUGCUUUCCCUUAUUCAGGAUCAGGUGAUGGGGUUGGCUGCUUUAGGCAUCCCAGCAUUCAAGUUGACCUCAACAACUAUUAAGGAAGAUGAAAAAUUCAUCUACAAGGCCCUUGAAAAGGGUGGAGAAGAGCUCAAAAUAUUAUAUGUCACACCAGAAAAGAUAUCGAAGAGCAAGCGAUUUAUGUCGAAACUUGAAAAAUGCCAUCAUGCUGGUCGUCUCUCUCUAAUUUCUAUCGAUGAGGCGCAUUGUUGUAGCCAGUGGGGCCAUGAUUUUCGUCCAGAUUACAAGAAUCUUGGUAUUUUAAAGACUCAGUUUCCCAAUGUUCCUCUGGUUGCUUUGACUGCAACGGCCACUAGGAAAGUCCAGAUAGAUUUGAUGGAGAUGCUACAUAUCCCAAAAUGCAUUAAAUUUGUUAGCACAGUGAAUAGGCCAAAUCUUUUUUAUAUGGUAAAAGAAAAGUCAUCUGUUGGGAAGAUGGUUAUUGACGAAAUUGCCGAAUAUAUACAAAGUUCAUAUCCGAAUAAUGAAUCUGGGAUAGUUUAUUGCUUCUCUAGGAAGGAAUGUGAACAGGUUGCAAAGGAACUACGUGGAAGAGGAAUUUCAGCUGAUUAUUAUCAUGCAGAUAUGGAAGUAAAUGCUCGUGAGAAAGUUCAUCUGCGUUGGAGCAAUGGCAAGUUGCAGGUCAUUGUUGGUACGGUAGCAUUUGGUAUGGGAAUCAACAAACCAGAUGUCAGGUUUGUCAUCCAUCACAGCCUAAGCAAAUCAAUGGAGACGUACUACCAGGAAAGUGGUCGGGCCGGACGAGAUGGACUUCCUUCUGAAUGUGUACUCUACUUUAGGCCUGGUGAUGUUCAUAGGCAGAGCUCAAUGGUCUUCUAUGAAAAUUCUGGAUUGCAGAAUCUGUAUGACAUAGUCCGAUAUUGUCAGUCUAAAAAAGAAUGUCGUCGCGGUGCUUUCUUCCGACAUUUUGCUGAGCCAUUGCAAGAGUGUAAUGGGAUGUGCGACAACUGUGCAUUUUCAAGUGAGGUCAAGGAAGCUGAUGUCUCCGGUCAUGCAAAAGUUAUUGUAUCCUUACUGCAAGAUAUGCAAGACAAUGAUCAGAGAGUGACAGUUUUACAAAUGGUGGAUAGGUUGAAGGUUAAGCGCAUAGACGUAGGUCCCGAGCUAAAGAGAGAUGAAUUAGAGCACCUUGUGAUUCAGCUUAUAGUGGACCGUGUUUUGAAAGAAGAAUUUCAACAUACAGCUUAUACUACAAAUGCAUAUGUCACGGUAGGACCACUUGCAAAGCAUGUAUUGCAGGGAAAAAAGAUUGUUAAGCUUGAGAUUUCUAGUGGACAGAGGAGUAAGGGUGGCGUUAUGAAAUCUUCAAAACGCAGUACCAUAUCUUCAGGGUUGGAGUUUAAGCUUGAUGAGCUGCGAAAGGAACUCUCUUCUAUUCAUGGGGGAAUAUUUCCUCACUCUGUCUUGUCUACUCAACAAAUCAACUUGCUAAGUGCUCAGAGACCAAAGUCAACGGAGCAGUUGGAGAGCAUAAUUGGAAAAUUGAAGACGGAGAAAUACGGGAGUAGAAUUCUUGAAGAAAUUGGAAGUUACGAGUCCAAGUGCCCACCUGAAAAUGAGUUUCUUGAUGAAGGUCAAGGUAGUGGAAAUAGAGUUGCAAAGAGGUUAAAAACUAAAAAGGCUACUGUAGUCAUUGAGAGUAGUGAAGAUGAAGCAUGAAAGUCACAGAUAUUUACUUGAAUUCUAUUACUAAUCACUAACUUAUAUUAGGACUAUUUGUAUACACAUGCGUCUAUGGAUAGUUGAGAGAGAUUUGGAAAUUUGUUGAAACAAGCCGGUGUUUUGUAUUCUUUUACUUUAUGUUACAAUUGUGGUUUUGCGCUAUCCUAGAAAUCAGUGAUACAUGUAUAGAUUUUUCAUA